AUCUUUUCCACCAUCAAUAGGCCAAACUAUGUCCUCGAUGUCUUUUCCGUCCAACUAAACCACAUCACUGCCGCCACUAAGGACCGCCUUACUGAUGGCUGCUCCAUCAACUUCAACACCCAAUUUGUUGAUGAAGACCAAUCUGUUGUCUUCGUCUCUGAAAGAUCAAGAUCGCCUCGAAUCUAUCUCACUCGCCUUGGCCUACCCAAUCCCAACUCAAGAGUUGCCCGAUUGCCAAUUCCAAAGCUGGGUAGCUCUUCACUCAACCGAAAUCGGUGAUAAGGACAAGAAAAUUACGCGGUUGACCCCUUACGGAGCUGUCGAUUACAGCCUUGCAGUUUCCAAGUUUGGGAAAUUUCUUGCCAUCGCAUCUUAUGGGUCUCGCUCGUGGGGCGGUGGAUUUCACGAGCUCAACACGGAUAUAGUUGUUUUCCCAGAAUCCGACUCAAGGAUGAUGACGAUGAUUCGAGUGAUGGCGAGGAUGAUGAAUCAAACGCUGAGAGUGAUUUGUCUAACGAUCCGUUGGCUGAGGUUGAUUCGGACGAUGGAGGCUUCAUCGCCGUAGGUGAAAGCAGAGAGUGUAGACGAAAUUCAUUUUUGAAAUUGAAAUUCAUGGGUUAUAAGGUGAAAUUGAAAUAUAUGAAAUUUAUACUU